UGUUUACUUAUUCAAACCUAUUAUUUCUAAUAUAACAGAGAAGGAAAAGGUCAAAAAAAAUUAUCACACCAAGGCAUCUCAUAGACUCUCAGAGAUGUAUAAAAAAGCUAGAACUCUAGGAAAAAGACCUGAUUGGCUGGGGGACGAUACUUGGGAUGCUCUUUUGGAAAAGUGGAACAUGCCACUUUAUAGACAAAAGUGUGAAACAGCAAAGAAGAAUCGGACAUCUGAAAAGGGUGGUUGUUUGCACACUGGAGGAUCUAUAAGCGUGCAUGAGCAUGCUAUUCGUUUGUCACAAGAGCUUGGUCGGUCUGUGCAUGUUGAUGAAAUAUUUCAGCAGACACAUAUUCGUCAAUCAACAGGGGAAUUUGUGGACGAAAGGUCUAGGCGGACCCAUGAACAAUUUGUUGCAAAAUUUUCUCAAAUAAGAUCUGAGACUACAUCUGUUGGUGUCUCAACAUCUUCUCCUCUAGACCCUGCGGAGGAGGAAAGAUUGAGAAACCGAUGUUGGUUAGAGGCUGCUGGUGGAAAAUACAAGGGAUGCGUAUACGGCAUUGGAAAUGUCACUUCCCAAGAUGAUUGUGUUGAUAGUUACAUCCAACAGACACAGGCAUCUUCUACUGCUCAACCACAAAAUUCAGAAGAAAUUGUUAACUUGAAAUCGCAGUUACAACAAUAUGGUCAGCAGCUUCAAAAGUUUGAAGGCUUUAUUGGCGUCCUCCUGCCAUUCCUUCCGCCUUCAGCAGCCGCAGCUGCACAAGACUUUUUAAACCUUCAAAAUCCUCAAGUUCAAAAUGAAGUACCCAAUAAUGUCCAACCAGAACAGCAACCUCCAGAACAGCAACCACCACACCAGCAACCACCAGAUGAACAACCACAAGAUGGAAAUGAUUACAUGCAUUAUUAGGCCUUUUAUAGAACUUAUUUCCAUUACUGUUGAACUUAUUUAGAACCACAACUACAAUCUGUUUAUGAACUUACCUAAUGUUUA